AUGGAGGACGGCCCCAUGAAGAAGGCGGUCCUCAAGGUAGCAAAGCUCCGGAGCCUUUCAUUCGCCAUGAAGGCGUUUGCUCGGGAGCACUACUCCCUUCUAAAGAAGGGAAAGGAUGGCAUCAAAGAGCUUGAUGACCUUUGGGCUAAGGAAAAGGAUCCUAAGCCUUACUUCCCAAAGGCCAAGGCCAAGGCUGGCCAAUCUCUACCAUGCCCAUAUUUGCGUGAGGCCAUCUUCAACGGCAACUGCACUGACAGGGCUCAGCUGCUUCAGAUUCUGGGAUUCGGUCUUCGGAAUUUCUUCUUUGAGCUGAUCGGGGAUCAGGCGCUGCCAGUGGGAAUUCUCAUUGAAUUCACACUGGUAGCGGCUGAGGCACCGGCAACAGCGUCUGGGACAGUACCUGUUGAUUCUGGGGCUUUUCAGUUACCAUGGGCGGCUAUUCCACGCUUCAGUCCGGGGGUGACAGAUGUUACGGAGUAUAGUGGCAAGCUUCAGUUUUUGGCGGCGAUGUGGCCGCAAGAACACCUUCAUCUUCUAGCUCCGAGGGCGGCGCUGCUGUGUGAGGGUACGGCUUUCAAGAAGGUGUCGAAGAUUUCAGCAGACAAACUCAAGACCAAAGAUGAGUCGGGAAUCAAGCUUCUGGUUGCAACUCUUGGUGGUUCUUGGGGAAAGACUGCUUUGGAAGAAAAAUAUGAUACCUUUGAGAAAGCUAUCUACAGCACGGCGCAGAAGGCGGAUGAAACCAAUGACAGCUACCUGGCUAGGCAUGACGUUCAUUUUGAAGAAUUGCUGGCACAGGGAGUGACAAUGGAAGAAGUUCGAGCUUAUGUUCUCCUUAGACAAUCUCAGCUGUCAGCAGAGGAUCGUAAGAAGAUUGUGGUUGAGAUGGGAGGCAAGUUGGAGUACUCCAAGGUGGUUUCGGCUAUUCGUCUUUUGGGAUCGCGGUUCUUCGCAGACCUGCAGGGACAGCGCACGGCGAGGACCAAGACCUACGACGCCAACGUGAUCGAAGAGACCUCUCCGGACGAACCGGAGCGAGCCUAUCAGGCUACAGCGCAAGGCCUGGUGGACGAGGCUGAGCCGGAGCUUGACGGAGAGUUCAUCGAGGCCAUGGUUGCGGCAGAGGACCCUGACGCUUUGGUAGUUCAAGGGUUCGAGGAAGAAUUGGAAGGAUUCUUCCAGGAUACUCCAGAUCUGCAGGAGGCCUUGGUGAGCUACUUGGAAGCUCGACAGAAGCUUCUCUCCAAGAAACGAUCCCGAGGUUUCUGGCCAGUGAGUGCCGGGAAGGGCAACUUCAAGGGAUCUAAGGGUUCCAAGGGCCGUGGGAAAGGUGGCAAAGGUGGUCGAGACCAGCUUUUAGCCAGGAUCGCCCGCAGCCACUGCCGCAUCUGCGGGGCCAAGGGGCAUUGGAAAGCGGAAUGCCCGCAGAAGGGCAAGACUUCUGCCUCUGCCGAGGCGACUACCACGGUCGCCGAAGCCCUCACAGGUGAGACCGACACGGUGGCCACAGACCGUCGUGAUGCCGAUGAGGUGCUUGAGCAGGUUCCCGCCAAUGCCAUGAGCCUUGCCGAGGCUUACAUAUCCUGGGACACGGUAGAUAAGCAAGGGAUUACUGAUAGGCUUCAGCGGAUGGUUGCCAAUCUUCGCAAAGCUAAGCCUCAGAAUGCAAUCCCCUUCAGGCCGAAGCGUUGUGGGGCAAUCUCCUUGACUGAGCCUGUGCGCUUCAAGCGUGCCCAGGAUCAGGCUGAGCGUGUGGAUGUGCCCGCUCUUGCCUUGUUCAGCACAACGGCUACGGAUGCAAUCCUAGAUACGGGUGCUAGCCGAUGUGUGAUGGGAAAGAGCCUUGUCAAGAGUUUCCUCAACCAGCUGAGCGAGGCGAUCCGAGCCCAGGUUAAGAUAGUGAAAAGUUCCGUUCGGUUCAGAUUCGGUAACAAUCAGACUCUGCUUAGUGAUCGCCGAAUCCUGAUGCCUUUUCAGACGGCCGCCCGCCAGAUCCCCAUGGCUCCCAAGCGUGCCCCGGUGGUUCCGACCGAGAGUGUGCCCUCGAGCACGCCAGUGCUGAGCCUAAGUGCCCGGUUCAGCCGCCUGCAAGACCCUUCGGUCGCUUUUACGCUGGAAGAAGUGCAAACCAUGCCUUUAGACCAGCUCGGCGAGACCAAGAUCCUCUUCGGCAAGGCGAUGAAAGGACGUUCCUUCUCGGACGUCUACACGAACGAGCACGCAUGGGUUCACUGGAUCCUGGACCACAUGUCAACGAGCACCAAGAUGGAGCAUGUGGCCUUCAUCACCUUCGUGCGCCGCUCAGUGGAAGAGGCAGAGCAGACGGAAGCUGCUUUGCUUCAACCCUCGGGGUCCGGAGGGACGCCAGGCGCUUCGGCCAAAGCGGCUCCGAAGAGCCAAUGCCAUCUCUCUCUCGAGGGCGUAGCCUGGGAAACAUCCUGGGAUGUGGUGCACGAGCAAGAUCGCCCCGAUUCCGCACUGCAAGAGCAAGUGACCCUGUUGGGCGAACGCUUGUCGCAGAUGGCUUUUGCAAAGGCCGAGAAGGCCGCUUGGGACGUCUUUCAAGACCUAAUGGCCAAUCCGAGUUUGUCAGCCGAGAGCCUGAGCUACGAAGCUCAAUUGCGAGUGCUCAGAGACGAGGCCGCAGGCUACGACAAAGCCCUUGUUGACGGUGCUCUAGAGUAUCAGUGUGAUGGCCUACUCUCUGAGUCAAUCCUGUUGGCAUCCGAGACUGUGUUUGAGCCAGAACCAGAGAUACCGGAGCUUCUGUCAUUUACCACCUUAGAGGCUGCCGAGUUUGCCGAAGGACCGCCGCUUGCCGAGGAUAAUCUUCCUUACGUGCAUGUCCGUGUAAAGGAUCUAAGCCGGGAAGAGGUGGCCUUGUUUGACCAGGCCAAGCAGAAGGAGCUUCAGUGUAGAGCUACCGUGCUGCAAACAAUUGCCUCGUGCAAGUUUCCUCUGAGCUCCUUCGACAUUAAGACUGCUUUCCUCCGUGGGAAAGCUGACGAAGGAAACCCGUUGGCGAUGGAACCUCCUCCCGAGCUUAGAAAACUGCUGAACCUCCAGGAAGAUGAAGUGUGCCAACUUGUGGGGAAUGCGUACGGCAGGGUGGAUGCACCACUCCUGUUCUACAAAGAGCUAUGUAAGCAGUUAGGUAAGCUGGGUUUUGAGCCACAUCCCCUGGAACCGUGCGUGUUUGUCUUGAAGACCGGAAGUCGCCUACGGGGAAUCCUCGGAGUCCACGUCGAUGAUGGAGUGUGCGGAGGAGAUGCUUAUUUUCAUCAAAAGGUUGAGGAGCUGCAGCAGGUUCUCCCCUUCGGGUCACGUAAGCAUCAGAACUUCGUCUUUACGGGAAUACAACUUGAACAGUUUCCGGAUCACUCUAUCCGUGCAUCCCAGUCCGACUAUGUGCAUCGGAUUCCGUCCAUAGACAUUGGCCGUCUUCGGCGUCAAGACCUCGACGCCCCUGUAAAUGAGGAUGAGCGUACUAAGCUCCGUGGGCUUAUCGGAAGUCUUCAGUACGCUGUGACUCAUACCCGCCCCGAUGUCGCGGCACGCUUAGGUGAGGUCCAAUGCCAGACGACCACUGCCACCGUCCAAACCUUGCUUCUUGCCAACAAGGUGCUAAGGGAAGCUCAAGAACAUCACCAAGUAAGCAUUGUCUUUCGGGCCAUUCCCGUGGAACAGCUAACCUUUGUAGCCUUUGGAGACGCUUCCUUUGCAUCGUCCAAGAACUUGAACUCCCACCAGGGCGUUUUGAUCUGCGCAACAGAUGGUGAGGCCAUCUUCAACGGCAACUGCACUGACAGGGCUCAGCUGCUUCAGAUUCUGGGAUUCGGUCUUCGGAAUUUCUUCUUUGAGCUGAUCGGGGAUCAGGCUCUCACCGCCCAGUGCCUCGGUCCUGGAGGAGUCUUCGGUUCCAAGUCUGAGGUGCACUCCAUCCAUGGUGGCAAGUGGUGCUACGUCUGUGCGCACAACCAUCAGGUGUACCCACAGUACGUCAUCUUCCUGAGGUGA